GUUCAAGAAUCCUUUCCCUGUUGGUGGAAAAGGGGUGUCUGUGGUGAUUGCUCUGUGUUCUUUGAGUGCUCUUCUUUAUACCAUGUGUCGACUUACAUUUUCAUCUGUCUGAUAUACCUGCUGCUCUCCUGUAGUGAUCUGCUCUCCUCUCUGUUUUGCUCUCUCUUCCUUCCCUCUUUUACUGUUCUGUCUCUGCUCGCAGCGGGGCGGUUAUUGUACAGCUCUGUUAUCAGUCUUGACGCCCAGCACUACUGCACACCUUCCAGACUCUUGGACCACGUGACUGUGUUAAUAGGAAUCGCUCACGGAGGCAAGGCUAUUGCUGGAGUGAUCAACCAGCCCUUCUUCAAUUACCAGAUGGGAGCUGGUGCCACCAUGGGAAGAACGCUUUGGGGGAUACUGGGAUUGGGAGCCUUUGGUUUCCAGCUUCAGGAGGUUCCGGACGGGAAGAGGAUCGUCACCACCACCCGUUCCCAUAGCAACAAACUGGUCACAGAUUGCGUGCAGGCCAUGGAGCCUCACGAUGUCAUCCGAGUGGGUGGAGCUGGGAAUAAGAUUAUCCAGCUGGUGGAGGGAAAGGCAUCAGCUUAUGUGUUUGCUAGUCCAGGCUGUAAGAAAUGGGACACGUGUGCCCCAGAGGCAAUCCUGCAUGCAGUAGGAGGAAAGCUGACAGAUAUACACGGUAAUGCAUAUCGGUACGAAGCUAAUGUGAAACACAUGAAUUCUGCAGGAGUGCUGGCAACACUGAGAGACCAUCAGUACUAUGUCAGCAGGGUACCGCAGUCAGUGAGACAGGCUUUAACCUCUGACUGACACACACACACACACACACACACAGUAAGCCACAAGCCCUUAUGCAGUGGCUUACACUCACAGUCUGUGCCUUCAACCCUUAUCCAAUAUAGUGUAUAUUACAAUCAGUCUGUAUGUACUGACAUAUUUUUUCUACAUGGGUAUGAUACACUGAUCAUUCUGAAGAUUUUAGCUGUCAGCUAACAAUUUACUUUAUACUGGGUUUAGUCAUAGUUUCAGUUACUUAAAUCAGUGUUUUAUGCAGUAAUGAAAAGGGACCAAAUUUAUAUAUACACUGAGUUUUAUAAUUAUUGUGAAGAAAUGUUUCAUAGUGGGGUGGGUUACCUGUCUUCAGUCGUAAUGAUAAAUGCUUCAGGAGGUGUUGUCAGCAUUACUGUUCUGUUUAUUCCACUCAAUGUGUCUGAACAAACUGAUUUUCUUCUUAAGACAUAAAUGUUUUGUUAUGCAAACUAACAUGUGAAAAGAUACAAGCCAACCUACAAAGACUUUCUGUGUUUUGCAAUGCCUGAUCAAUGAUAAAAUCUGGACGAUAAGCUCUGAACUUUCCCCUUUUCUCACAAAUUCAUUGUAUUCACAUCUGCAUGGUCUCUCAUGCAAAAGUUUUUUGUUUGUUCGUUUGUU